UUUCAGCUUUCUCAUAUAACCACCACCCAGUUCUAGCACAAGUACCUUUCAUUUACGACUUUCCCUUUCUUAGGAUCAAUGCUAAGUUCUUGCAAAACUUGUUGGAUCUCUCUGUCUAAGGGAGCUAAAACGUUUUUUAAUGUUAACCGGUGCAAGAGAAGAUCAAAGCGUCGCAAGUUGUCGUCGAGUUUCGAUUUGGAAACAUCGUCUUUCGCCGCCUUGGAGAUAUCAGGUCAGUUUAAGCAAGUCUUCAAAGUGAUCGACUCAAAUGGGGAUGGAAAGAUAUCUCCAUUGGAGCUCAGCGAAGUGCUUCUGUGCCUCGGACAUGAAAAAUCCACAGCCUCCAAAGCUGCCCAAGGAAUGGUCAAAGAAAUGGAUUUCGACGGUGAUGGUUACAUCGAUUUGGACGAGUUCAUGCAUGCAGUCGUCAAUGACACCAGCGACGGAGCGAUGAACGGCGGGGAAGAUUAUCUAAUGGAUGCUUUUCUCAUCUUCGAUAGUGAUAAAAAUGGGUUAAUCUCGGCCAAAGAGUUGCGUAACGUUUUGAAUGGCCUUGGGUUCAACAAGUGUAGCCUUCAACAGUGUACGCGCAUGAUUAGACGUGUUGAUAAGGGCGGUGAUGGAUUUGUGGACUUCAAAGAAUUUCGAUCAAUGAUGAAGGCAGCAGAGCGUACAAGUUAAAAAGAUCAUGGAUGAUGGUCAAAGCUUUGAAUAUUCUCCGGCUACUAAAAUUUCUGUGUAUUCUGCGUCUGUACGUACAAGAACCGUUCUAUCUUUUGAAGGUGAGUCUGAAAAUCUAAGGAGUUGACCCUUGAGCUCUUUGUAAAUUAUUAGCCAUAUCCGCUUACUGUA